CUCUCAUUACCUACUGGGAGUGUUUCUCGCUUUGUACAACUUUUACGCAAGCAUAUUUUGUUAACGAUGACUCACCAUUCCUAUCUCUGAUUCCUCGUCGCCGGAAAAGGAACGGUAUUCGCAUACCUAGAUGAGUUUUCUUGAGAUUGUGGCCUCUUGGCCUCUGCCAAAUUAUGCGGACCCAGUAACUCGCGGCGAUGGUAUCGUGAUCGCGAGCGUCGUCUUUGGCGUCGUGGGAACAAUUGCAACAGCACUGAGAGUUUAUACUAGAAUAUGGAUCACACGCACCAUGGGAGCGGACGAUAUACUUAUUAUAUUCGCUUGGGCGUGGUCGAUAGCGAUGAUGGUGUGCUUAUCCAUAGCCUCGCAAAGUUAUGGCUUCAGCAUACACAUAUGGGAUUUACCCUUCGAAAAAAUGCCUACGGCCAACAAAUAUAGCCUGGUAUUUCAGAUUACUUUUGCCUUUGCAUCAUCUCUGACAAAGCUAUCGUUGCUCUGGUUUUGCCGGCGUAUCAUCGGUGACGGCAGGAAAAUAAGCUGGGGCUUUCAUGAUAUCGCGAUUGUCGUUGUCAUGUCUAUCAUCGUUGCCUUUGGUGUGACUUAUAUUAUCCUGCUACUCGUACAAUGUCGCCCUCUAAAAGCCCUAUUCGACAUUCUACCCCAAUAUCCACACACGUGCAGUGUUGACAGCCAUAUGCUUACGUACGGCGCAAGUAUUGCGAAUACUAUCACCGAUUUAUUGACGACACUCAUCCCAGUCACUCUGGUGGCCACAUUGCAUUUACCAUACAGACAACGCAUUGCCGUCAUGACCAUCUUCCUGCUCGGUGUGUUCGUCAAUGUCGCCGGCGCAUUUCGAACUUAUUAUGUCCAUCGCAGCAUGGUGAUCACAAACUUAGAUCGAUCAUGGGUUGGCUGGCCAACUUGUAUUUCUGCGAUUGUCGAAAUUGGUCUUGGACUGAUCGUGACAUCAGUGCCUGCCCUUCGCCCAUUCCUCAAUCGCUACGUUCCCGCACUCCUUGAGUCAUCUAGAAGGAAAUAUUUUUUCGGCAAAUACUUCACGCCGAACACUUCCGAAAGAAGCGGGACGAGUCACAAGAGUGGCAGUGGUCGCGGGCGUCGAUCACGGAGCUUAUUCCCACUUUCAUCAAUCGACAAGUCAUGGAACAAGUCGUGGCAUAAAGAUAGCCAGGUCACCAGCAACAUAACCACGGCCGACAUCGAAAUGCGAGAACCUCCAGCAGCAUACAGCGGUCAUCACUUUAUCAAUGUAACUAGAACCGUAAGACAAGACUCAUUACAUCGCACUUCGUGGCCAAAGAGCCCUUUUUCAAGUCGCAGCCAGCUUGGAAAAGAAGGAAGGCCGCAGAAAAGCUCCGAACGAUUGAAUCCGGUGCCUGACGAUGAGGAGAAACUGACAAGGCUAUAUGAAAGUGAUGCAUCGGGAAAUGGGCCAGGCCGGUAGACCCUGUGUGCGAAUGCU